AAGUGGAAAGAUUCUAAGGAAUGUUGUGUAUACAUGCUUGCCUGUGUGUGAUACAGAAAAACAGUAAAAGAGUUAAUAAUAGGCAAAGAAUAAUAUCCUUUUGUGAAUGUUUUCUAAAAUUGUUAUAGCUUUGUUUUCACUCAGAUGCAAAGACAACGUGGCAGGAAGCAGCUUUCAGUUUCGUUUCUGUGUGGGAGUGUGGGAGGGGAGAUAUUCCACCACGGACUGCUCAACAUGGCGGAACCCGUCCACAUGCUGUUCAACUACUGCAGAUGAUCCACAGCCUCCUUCAAGAAGUUACUCUUUCAGAGCAUUCCAGAAUCUGAUCGGCUGAGUGAAAACAGCAGUAGAGAUAAAAAAUGUCAAGGGAUUAAUAAAAGGAGGAUGAAGAAACAAAGUUGUACGAAGAGACAACAGACGGGUUCAUCCUCCCAUUCUAAACCUAAAAAGAAGAAGCAAGCAAAGAGACAAAACUGCCCCAAGCAGAAGUGCAUCUCCAGUGAGGGCCAGUGGUUUACACCCCCUGAGUUUGAGAGGUUUGGGAUGAAGGAGAGGCACAAAAAGUGGAAGACCAGCAUCCUUUGCAAAGGGAUUCCACUCCAGAAACUCAUAGAGGAUGGAUUUCUCUUAAAUAUAAGCUUUAUUAAAAGCAAGGUUCAGGAUGCAAAGGUUUGGCUGCUCUUCGAUCAUUGUAGAUACGAUUUGAAGAGGAGAUAACCUUUCAAAUGUGACUUAAGAGUGAUCAAGAUGUUCAUCAAAAUUUAUCCUUUUGUAUUCAGCAGAAGAAAAAAAGCCACAU